AUGAGAAAUCUAUCGCCAAACCAAGAGGGUGUCUUGCAAGAACAAGCCAAAGAAGCAUAUGCAAACGAAGACUUUGAAGAAGCCCUGAAAUUAUAUCGUGUGGCCCUACCGUCAAGUCGCGGCAAAGAAAGACAAUUACUCUUGUCCAAUAUUGUCGCUUGUCGUUUGAAUAUUGGGGGUUCGGCACAAGCUGAAGCGGCAGUGGACAACGCCAAACAAUGUAUUGCUCUGAAUGAUCAAUGGGCAAAGGGUCAUGUACGACUGGCAUCGGCAUAUAUUGCCUUGGGAGGCCACAGCAACGACGCUUGCAAUUCUUUGCAACGGGCGAUUCAAUUGGAUCCUGGACACCCGACGGCUAGGCAAAUGCUGGUUCAAGAACUACGACGUGACCAUCGAUUGGCAUCAAGAAAUCAACAGGAUUUGGACAAUCAUAGAUCUGAUGGAUCAUCCAACAGUGUUGCUUCAGAGCCCGGUAUGCCAUACAGCAACAGAGAGUCGUCUGCGCCCUCUCGUGCCACGAUCUUUGACAUGGAUGAUCCAUCGGCGCCAUCGUCAGACUCGUCUUUAUCAUGGUUCGACUACCUCCAAUUACAGUUUACAAAGGCCGUUCGAUGGUAUUAUUCGCAAUCGGAAGAUAGGCGCAACGUUAUUCAUGUUUGUUUAGUGUUCUUGUUUUUAUACGUUGCCUUCGGUGGACGAUUUGGGUUUGAAGAGUGUACAAGCAGCAGUGCUACUAAAUAUCGAAAAGGAAACUAUGGAACAGGCAACGCCUAUGAUCAGCAUUAUGGCCGGCAUUCCUCCUCACCCGAACCACGUCACACGAGCUACAAUGCCAACUACCAAGCACAGUACUCUUCCCACCACCCAUCCCAGAGUUCAUCUUAUUCUGGUUACGACUCCUCGACGCAAGCGGCUGGGUCGUUCUUUGAUCAAUGGGAUGGCCAUCUAACACCAAUCUUGCUGCUAGUGGUGGGGGCUACCUAUCUAUGUCAUCGGAAUGGGAUUCCAAUCACUGAAGCUGUAUCCUUUGUGGUGUGGAAUAUACUAUUUCGCAGGGGUCGAUAUUGUCGCUGGGGUUUGGGUGCGCGUAAUAAUGGGAUUUUUCGACAACGCCGUCACCGACACAGACGAUACUAG